AUGUUUUUCUUUCUUUCUUUCUUUCUUUCUUUCUUUCUUUCUUUCUUUCUUUCGUUUCCAAACACAAUGUUUCCUUUAUUUAUUUAUUCUUUUCUUCUCUUCAAAAUAAUUCUUUCUUUCUUUCUUUCUUUCUUUCUUUCUUUCUUUCUUUCUUUCUUUCUUUCUUUCGUUUCCAAACACUAUGUCGCCUUUGUUUAUUUAUUUAUUCUUUCUUUUUUCUCUUCAAAAUAUUUUUCUUUCUUUCUUUCUUUCUUUCUUUCUUUCUUUCUUUCUUUCUUUCUUUCUUUCGUUUCCAAACACUAUGUCGCCUUUUUUUAUUUAUUUAUUCUUUCUUUUUUCUCUUCAAAAUAUUUUUUCUUAAUUUCUUUCUUUCUUUCUUUCUUUCUUUCUUUCUUUCUUUCUUUCUUUCUUUCUUUCUUUCUGUUCCAAACACUAUGUUGCCUUUAUUUAUUGAUUUCUUUCUUUCUUUUUCUCUUCAAAAUAUUUCUUUUUUCUUUCUUUUUUUAUUUAUUUUCUUUCUUUUUUCUUUCUUUUUUCUUUCUUUCUUUCUUUCUUUCUUUCUUUCUUUCUUUCUUUCGGUUCCAAACACUAUUUCACCUUUGUUUAUUUAUUUAUUCUUUCUUUUUUUUUCUCUUCAAAAAUAUUCUUUCUUUCUUUUUUUCUUUUUUUUUCUUUCUUUCUUUCUUUCUUUCUUUUUUCGUUUCCAAAAACACUUUGUUUCCUUUAUUUAUUUAUUCUUUUUUUUCUCUUCAAAAUAUUCUUUCUUUCUUUCUUUUCUUUCUUUUCUUUCUUUCUUUCUUUCUUUCGUUUCCAAACACUAUGUCGCCUUUUUUUAUUUAUUUUUUCUUUUUUCUCUUCAAAAUAUUUUUUCUUUCUUUCUUUCUUUCUUUCUUUCUUUCUUUCUUUCUUUCUUUCUUUCGUUUCCAAACACUAUGUCGCCUUUGUUUAUUUAUUUAUUCUUUCUUUUUUCUCUUCAAAAUAUUUUUUCUUUCUUUCUUUCUUUCUUUCUUUCUUUCUUUCUUUCUUUCUUUCUUUCUUUCUUUCUUUCUUUCGUUUCCAAACACAAUGUUUCCUUUAUUUAUUUAUUUCUUUUUUUUUUUUUCUCUUCAAAAUAAUUUUUUUUUCUUUCUUUCUUUCUUUCUUUCUUUUCUUUCUUUCUUUCUUUCUUUUUCUUUCGUUUCUUUUUUUUUUCUUUUUUUUCAAACACAAUGUUUCCUUUAUUUAUUUAUUCUUUUUUUUUCUCUUCAAAAUAUUUCUUUCUUUUCUUUCUUUCUUUCUUUCUUUCUUUCUUUCUUUCUUUCUUUCUUUCUUUCUUUUUUCCAAACACUAUGUCGCCUUUGUUUAUUUAUUCUUUCUUUCUUUUUCUCUUCAAAAUUUUUUUCUUUUUUUUCUUUCUUUUCUUUCUUUCUUUCUUUCUUUCUUUCUUUCUUUCUUUCUUUCUGUUUCCAAACACUAUGUUGCCUGUAUUUAUUGAUUUAUUCUUUCUUUUUUCUCUUCAAAAUAUUUUUUCUUUCUUUCUUUCUUUCUUUCUUUCUUUCUUUCUUUCUUUCUUUCUUUCUUUCUGUUCCAAACACUAUGUUGCCUUUAUUUAUUGAUUUAUUCUUUCUUUUUUCUCUUCAAAAUAUUUCUUUCUUUCUUUCUUUCUUUCUUUCUUUCUUUCUUUCUUUCUUUCUUUCUUUCUUUCUUUCUUUCUUUCUAUCGUUUCCAAACACUAUGUUGCCUUUAUUUAUUUAUUUAUUUAUUUAUUUUUUCUUUUUUCUCUUCAAAAUAAUUUUUUCUUUCUUUCUUUCUUUCUUUCUUUCUUUCUUUCUUUCUUUCUUUCUUUCUUUCUUUCUUUCCCAAACGCUAUGUAUCCUUUAUCUAUUUAUUUAUUCCUUUCUUUCCAAACGCUAUGUGUCAUUUAUUUAUUUAUUUAUUCUUCCUUUUUUCUUUCUUUCUUUCUUUCUUUCUUUCUUUCUUUUCCAAACAUUAUUUAUUUUUUCUUUCUAA